AUGGCACCUGCCAUCUCCGACAUACGCAGACGAGAAGAAGCAAGAAUACAAACAACAUUUCAAGCAGCAACGACGACAGUAGCAAUAGCAACAGCAUCUCCUUCACACACAUCACCAGCACAAACAACAUCACCAACAACACCAACACCAAUAGACGCAAGCAACGGCAUCGGCGGCACACCAGGAAACAUUGAAUCACCCUCCUCUGCCGGGACAACAACGGUCCUCAUCAUCGUCAUCCUUUGCUGCGCAUCCGCCAUCAUGUCGGCGACGUUAUUCUAUAUCUUUGACCGCAAAAAGAACGCCCAGUUCCGCGAGGCGUGUAAGCGGGACCCCUACCUCACGCGGAAGGAAUUCGCCCGCCGGCGCAAGCUCAGCGCCCUGGAGAGGCUGGAAGAAGAGGAGCUGCAGCGGAGCAUCAUGAUUCGCAAGUCGCUUGCGAGUCGUGGGCCGUCGAGGAGUAAUAGCUGCGAGGACGUGUUUGAUCUCUCUUCUAUGCAGGAGCAGCACCACCGCCGCCACCACCACCACCACCACCACCACCAGAUGACGGAUUUGGAUAUGCCGGAGCCCCCGCGGGGCAGGCAGCAGAUGAGGGAGCAUCGGGAGGAUUUACACCAUGGGCGACAAUUAUCUGGGGAGUGGGCGCCUACGCAAACCAGCGAGCCGACAGAAGAAACCUACCAAGCAGUCGUCAAUAAGCGAAAAGAACUCCGGCGGAGAAGAAAGGAGCUCAGACGUCGUCGCAAAGUCUUCGACGAAAUCAAUAACAUCUACACUGCCAAGCCGUACAAGCCCAAGAUGCUCGGCCCCAAUGGAGCCGCGACGGACGAGAAUGCUGAGGGCUUUAAGGAUGACCUCAACUGCGUCGUGAUGUGUCCCGACUGCAAGGAGUACCCUCCCAACUUGGUUGAGGAGUUUUCCUCUGGCGACAUGGUGUGCGGUUCUUGCGGCCUCGUCGUCGGAGACAAGAUUAUCGACACCCGCUCAGAAUGGCGUACAUUUGCCAACGACGACCAGGGCAACGACGAUCCCUCCCGUGUUGGUGACGCCGUCAACCCCCUGCUCAACGGCUCACAGCUUGAGACCACCAUCGCAUUCGGUGAUGGUAGAGACUCUAAGCAACUUGCCCGUCUCCAGAAUAAGUCUCAGAACGACAAGGCUAGCAAAUCUCUGAUGCAGGCGUACAAGGAGAUUGGUGCCUUCUGCGAUAGUAUCAACCUGGGCAAGAACGUCUCUGAUGCGGCCAAGCACAUCUUUAAGCUGACGUACGACCACAACUUCAUGAAAGGCAAGCCGCAGGAGGCUGUCAUCGCAGGCUGCAUUUUCAUUGCGUGUCGUCAGACUGGUGUCGGCCGUACCUUCCGCGAGAUCUUCCAAGUCACCCAUGUGUCGAAGAAGGAAAUCGGCAGGGUUUUCAAGCAGCUUGAGUCUUUCCUCCAGAAGAUCAAGGAGGAGAACCCGCGUGGUGCCGGCUCUCUUUCCAAUCUGGACGGCUACAAGGCCAGCGCGUCUACCAGUGCCGAGGACCUCUGCACUCGUUUCUGCUCCAACCUCAACUUCCGCAACGCGCAGAAGAUUGAAAACGUCUCGCGCGCGCUCGCACGCAAGACGUCGAGCGUCUCUGAGUUGGCUGGUCGUUCGCCUCUGUCCGUCGCCGCUGCCUGUAUCUACAUGGCAUCUCACCUCAUGAAGGAAUCGAGAACCUCCAAGGAGAUUGCCUCGGUGGCAGGUGUCAGCGACGGCACCAUCAAGACAGCCUAUCGGUUCUUGUAUCAGGCUCGCGAUAGACUCAUCGAGAAGGAGUGGGGUGCGGACAAGAAGGCAAUCGAUAAUCUUCCGGUUAACUAG